AUGUUUCGUCAUUUUUUCUUCAUUGUUGCGCUUGUUGUCUCCGCUACAGCCAACACUGUAUCUCCGAUCAACAAAAUCAUCAGGCUCGCAAUUGGCGUGUCUAAAGCUGCUUACCUUCCAAUUGAAGGCGGUAGAUAUGUUCAAGAGGGUCAUAUCGUUGGUCGAAUAAAGAAUAGUAUCCUACCUUGGCAUGAUCCUAAUAACGAGAAGGUCGUAUGCAGUUUUGGAGGAUGGAGUGCAAAAGGUUACGAGAAGAAAGAAACAGAAAUAAUUUUAUUCAAGAACGAGAAGCAAAAGUUAGCAGUCUUUGGUUUUCGAGGCACUGAACCAACCAACGUCAUAGACUGGAAGAAAAACUUCGACAUGGAUCUAGCCGAAGCCAAUAUUGGUCAGACAAAGUUUGAACUUCACAAAGGAUUCAAAAAUCGUUAUUUGGAUAUUUCGUCAUGGUUUGAAGCUAAAUAUGAAGAUAUUCCUCAGGAUUACACAAUCGUCAUAACGGGUCAUAGUCUUGGUGGAGCUCUGGCAACAAUCUCUGCUGCAUAUGCAAGUGGUAAAACCAACCGACGUCCCGAUGCUGUCGUCACAUUCGCAUCGCCGUUAGUUGGUGAUAAGAAAUUUCACGACUACUACGGUAAGAUGGUUGGUUGUGAUCGGACACUCAGAAUAACAGCCAAAGGUGAUAUCUUGACAAAGGUCCCAUUUAACAAGUCAUACACCCACGUAUGUAAUGCUUUGGAGGUCAACGGCAACACAAAUUCCUGGUGGAACAAUUUGAAUCCGGUGAAAAGUCACAGUUUGUAUUCUGGCUAUGAUAAUGGUUUGGCACGAAAAUUCUCCAAUGUCGAUGAAAUAAAUUUUGGUUGUGAUAAACAACUGUAA